CUCCAGGAGGCCGAUUUGAGUAAUAAUAUACCUGAUUUAAGUAAUAAUAAAACUUCUUCCAUUUUUCCACUCGAUGUUGUGUAAAACUCUCCAUUGCAAUCUCUAUACCUUGAUAAAUCAUCUGUAUCUGGGCAGCAGGCAAGAAGAAUCCAUUGGGCCACUACAUCUGGAUCUAAAGGCCAUGCAUUUUCCACUACAAGCUAAUUAACAAGAGGUAUCCUUUCCCCUCAGAAACAACUGGACACACCUGUGUAGAUCCUAUAUAAAGAACAGCUAAAGAAAAUCUGGUUAAUACUUAGUCUAGUAUAUUUAUCAGGAAAUCAGCAACAGUCUUUCUCUGACAUUCCUGAAAUUGUAAUCCCCACCUUACACUUGUAUCACCUGUUUUCUAAAUAUUAAUAUACGGUAAAAAUCAGGUGGCUGUGUGCUAUGGGAAAAUCUGGAGGAAAAGAUAACUUAAAAAAUAUACUUUUUUGGCUCUGCUUGCUACUGAAAAAAAAAAUAUUUUAAGAAAAUAUACUCUUCCCUCCCUAACAUUAAAGUGAAUCCACAGAAGAUGUGUUUGGUGAAGUGUCUGGUGGUGAAUACUAAGUAGAAAGGGCAAACUAACACAGCCUUAGAGCCUGGAUAAAAUCCUGGGGUCCUGAAAGUUCGACCGUGGGAAAUCUGGAGGAUAAGGUCUAUCUCUGGUCUGUCUAUGUAACUUCUGCACCUUACACAUAGUAGAGGCCUGACAGAUACAUGCCAACCCAUGUGUGCAUGCAAUAAUUCAAUCCACAAUUAGGAACAUUGUGCCAAAAGGAGACCCACCAACUAAAAAGAAAUACAAAUUCUUAGCUUUCUGUGACUACCCUUUACUGCAUUUGCUGGCGAAAACAAAGAAGAAAAGAGGAGGCUUCAGUAUUCAAAUACUGCCAGUUCCGCACUGAACUCUAAAAAUGGUUACUCUUGGGAUACAAGGAACCCCCACGAGGAUAAACAGCCUUUAAGGUUACCUGAAUGCCCCAGCAAAGGGCACGACUACUUCCGGAGCCGCACCAGAGCCGCACCGGAACCCCUUGGCGGAUUAUGUGGGUUCCUGCGGGAACGAUUUAAGAAUAGGACUACUUCCUGCUUCUGGAUAUGGGCCGGUGAAGGGAAAGGAAAUAGCUCUAAGAGCGGCAUCCUGCCUGCGCUAGCGGCGGUGGAGGAGGAGGCAGAGAGGUGUGGAGGGCGGAGUAGACGGAGGAGGCUGCGGCAGAGAAGAAAGUGUCAGAGCCGGUUCGGCUUUAGAGUGUGGUGAAGGGUACUUUUCAUGGUGCAUGGAAGGAAAGCCAAUGCGCAGGUGUACCAACAUUCGACCAGGAGAGACUGGAAUGGAUGUAACAAGCCGCUGCACCCUUGGAGACCCCAACAAACUGCCAGAAGGGGUUCCCCAACCUGCCCGCAUGCCCUAUAUCUCAGACAAGCACCCUCGACAAACCCUGGAAGUGAUUAACCUUCUGAGAAAGCACCGUGAGCUAUGUGAUGUGGUGCUAGUUGUGGGCGCCAAGAAGAUAUAUGCCCAUCGAGUCAUUUUGUCAGCCUGUAGUCCCUACUUCCGAGCUAUGUUUACAGGAGAAUUGGCAGAGAGCCGUCAGACAGAAGUAGUGAUCCGAGACAUCGACGAGAGGGCUAUGGAAUUACUGAUUGACUUUGCGUAUACCUCCCAGAUAACAGUAGAAGAGGGCAAUGUUCAGACUCUUCUGCCAGCUGCUUGCCUCCUCCAGCUGGCAGAAAUACAGGAAGCCUGCUGUGAAUUCUUAAAGAGACAAUUAGAUCCUUCUAACUGCCUGGGCAUUCGGGCUUUUGCUGACACACAUUCAUGUCGUGAGUUGCUAAGGAUAGCAGACAAGUUCACCCAACAUAACUUUCAAGAGGUAAUGGAGAGUGAAGAGUUCAUGUUGCUUCCAGCCAAUCAACUCAUUGAUAUAAUAUCCAGUGAUGAGCUAAACGUUCGCAGUGAAGAACAAGUGUUCAAUGCAGUGAUGGCCUGGGUCAAAUACAGUAUUCAGGAAAGACGUCCUCAAUUACCCCAGGUGCUGCAGCAUGUUCGUUUGCCUUUGCUUAGUCCCAAGUUCCUGGUGGGCACAGUAGGCUCUGAUCCCCUCAUCAAAAGUGAUGAAGAAUGCAGAGACUUGGUAGAUGAGGCUAAAAACUACCUCCUAUUGCCGCAAGAACGACCACUAAUGCAAGGACCAAGGACGAGACCACGGAAACCUAUCCGAUGUGGGGAAGUACUCUUUGCAGUUGGUGGUUGGUGCAGUGGAGAUGCCAUUUCCAGUGUUGAACGAUAUGAUCCACAGACCAAUGAAUGGAGAAUGGUGGCUUCAAUGAGCAAAAGGAGAUGCGGAGUUGGGGUUAGUGUUCUUGAUGAUCUAUUAUAUGCAGUAGGAGGCCAUGAUGGAUCCUCUUAUCUCAAUAGUGUUGAAAGGUAUGACCCCAAAACAAACCAGUGGAGCAGUGAUGUGGCCCCUACAAGCACCUGCAGGACAAGUGUUGGUGUAGCAGUACUUGGAGGCUUUCUCUAUGCUGUGGGUGGCCAGGAUGGCGUGUCUUGCCUCAACAUUGUUGAGAGGUAUGAUCCGAAGGAGAACAAGUGGACUCGGGUAGCUUCUAUGAGUACCAGAAGACUAGGUGUGGCUGUGGCUGUGUUAGGAGGGUUCUUAUAUGCUGUAGGUGGCUCUGACGGGACAUCUCCACUCAACACAGUGGAACGUUACAAUCCUCAGGAAAACAGAUGGCACACUAUAGCCCCUAUGGGGACCCGGAGGAAACACCUAGGCUGUGCAGUAUAUCAGGACAUGAUCUAUGCUGUAGGAGGUAGAGAUGACACUACAGAGCUGAGCAGUGCUGAGAGAUACAACCCCAGAACCAACCAGUGGUCUCCGGUGGUGGCCAUGACAUCACGCCGUAGUGGAGUUGGCCUUGCAGUGGUCAAUGGACAGCUCAUGGCAGUAGGAGGUUUUGAUGGCACAACAUACUUGAAGACCAUAGAAGUUUUUGAUCCUGAUGCCAAUACAUGGAGGUUAUAUGGUGGGAUGAAUUACCGUCGGCUAGGGGGUGGCGUAGGAGUUAUUAAAAUGACACAUUGUGAAUCCCAUAUUUGGUGAACACAGAGAAGACAGUCUUGUAUAUAUUCCUCUGUAUUCUGGGGAGCUUUGACCUUGGAGCUUUGUACAGCUUGAGAAAACAUUAGAACAAAUUUUAUUAUUUGCCGGUGCCUCAACAAAUGGAAAUACAAUCCAAUGAAAGUACUUCACCUGCAAGAUGCACAAUAAUUUUCAACUCUGUGCAGAAGAAUAUUUAUUUUUUGUUUUAAUUUAUCAUGGUUUUUUGUUGUUUUCGUUUUGAACUUAUCCUUCCUCCCACAAAAAAAGAAAAGGAGAAAAAAAUUCCAAGCAGCAAAACUUACUUUGUUUGUAAGGUAUUCAUUUAGGUUUGAAAAUACUAUUUAAUAAGGGCAGAAGGGCUAUAUAUGAUUUGGCUAUUAUUUCUAGACACUCCAUCCACAUGAUUCCACUAACAAGGAUUACCAGGAAUAAAGGUAGGUAUGCAAAAUGUAUUAGCUAGCCAUUAUUCUCGCACUAACAACCAGAAGACUUGAAAAUCUUAAAAAAAAAAAAAAAAGAAAACGCAACAUCUCAUUUUAAAUAGUACAAUUCAGAAGGGAUACUAAAUAAA